CCUUACGGUGAACGGGGCUGCGCGUUUUCUGCGCAAAAAAAUCAAUAAGAGGAUGUAUUUACGCAUUCUGGAAGGAUUGCUCUGAACAGCUGAGUUGCAUAGAAACUAAUAAUAACAAACAGCACACGUAGUUUAUGUUGUGUAACGGUGUCAUAUUGGGUAGAUGUAACGCGAAGUCGUGCGGGAGUGGCGUGUUCGUGAGCGCGCAGCGGUUGCGGGGUCGCGCUGGUCGGAGGGUGCGCGCAGGUGAGCUGAACUCUUAGCACCUGGAUUGUGUCCUUCAGUGCAGGCCGUGCAAUACUAUUGGGGCCAUACUGAGCAUGGCUAGCGGUGAUUUGAGUUUGUCCACAUGAUGACCUUCUUCAUCCUGGCUGAGCAUGGCGGAGUCGGAUGGUGUGGAGUUAAAUCGAGCUCAAAGCAGCAUGGCUGACAACAAGAAUAGCGUGCUUCGUUGUACUUUCUCGGCCCCCAGCCACAGUAAUACUCUCCUGAGGGGGUUGUCUGCAUUGCGAGCUCAAGGUCAGUUGCUGGAUGUGGUUCUGGCCAUUGACAACGAGCGUUUUGAAGUUCACAAAGCUGUUUUGGCCUCCUGCAGUGACUACUUCAGAGCCAUGUUCACUGGAGGAAUGAAGGAGUCAAACCAGGACACCAUUGAGCUAAAAGGUCUAUCAGCCAGAGGACUGAAGCACAUCAUCGAUUUUGCUUACAGUUCCGAGGUCACUUUGGACCUGGACUGCAUCCAGGAUGUUCUCGGAGCAGCUGUGUUCCUGCAGAUGGUGCCUGUGGUGGAUCUUUGCGAGGAGUUCCUAAAAUCAGCCAUGAGUGUGGAGACUUGUCUGAACAUCGGCCAGAUGGCCACCACAUUCAGCCUCUCCUCCCUCAAAAAGUCUGUGGAUGCAUUUACAUUCCGUCACUUCCUUCAAAUCUCUCAGGAAGAAGACUUCCUACACAUUCCGAUGGAGCGGCUGGUGUUCUUCCUCCAGAGCAACAAGUUGAAGAACUGUAGCGAGAUCGACUUGUUCCACGCUGCGAUCCGCUGGCUGCAGCAUGACGAGUCCAGGCGAGCCGCAGCCAGCGAAGUUCUCUGCCACGUGCGCUUCCCGUUAAUGCGGUCGUCUGAACUAGUGGACAGCGUCCAGACGGUCAGCAUCAUGGUGGAGGACGUCCUGUGUCAACAGUUUCUUCUGAAAGCCUUCAAUUAUCAGAUCCUUCCGUUCCGACAGCACGACAUGCAGUCUGCCCGAACUUCCAUCCGGUCCGACAUCACGUCGCUUAUCACUUUUGGCGGCACGCCGUACACCGACAACGACCGUUCUGUUAGCGGCAAAGUUUUUUAUCUUCCUGACAUCACGGCGCGACAGUUCAAAGAGCUUACUGAAAUGGAGAUGGGGUGCAGCCAUGCGUGUGUGUCAGUUCUGGACAAUUUUGUGUACGUGGUGGGCGGGCAGCAUUUGCAGUACCGCAGCGGAGAAGGCGCAGUCGACUUAUGCUUCCGCUACGACCCCCAUCUGAACCAGUGGCUGCGGAUCCAGCCCAUGCAGGAGAGUCGCAUUCAAUUUCAGCUCAACGUGCUGCACGGGCUACUUUACGCCACAGGGGGGCGCAACCGAGCUGGCAGCAUGUCUUCUGUCGAGUGCUACUGCCCCAGGAAAAACGAAUGGAUAUAUGUGGAUUCCCUAAAGAGGAGAAUCUGGGGUCAUGCCGGCGCUACGUGCGGGGGUAAACUUUACGUCUCCGGUGGUUACGGAGUGUCCGUCGAGGAUAAGAAGACGUUGCAUUGUUAUGAUCCAGCGUCUGAUCAGUGGGAAUUCAAGUGCCCCAUGAAUGAGCCGCGAGUCCUGCACGCAAUGAUCAGCGUGAAUAACCGCAUUUAUGCCUUGGGGGGCAGAAUGGACCAUGUUGACCGCUGCUUUGACGUUCUCGCUGUAGAGUAUUAUGUUCCAGAGACCGAUCAAUGGACAACGGUCAGCCCGAUGCGUGCCGGUCAGUCAGAGGCUGGCUGCUGCUUGCUGGAUAAAAAGAUCUAUAUUGUUGGCGGAUACAACUGGCAUCUCAAUAACGUCACUAGUAUUGUGCAGGUUUAUAACACAGAGACAGAUGAGUGGGAGCGGGAUCUGCAUUUUCCAGAAUCUUUCGCAGGAAUAGCUUGUACGCCAAUUGUACUUCCGCAAACCACCACCCAGCGCUAAGAGUUUGAUCAACUCAAAGCACAAAUUCUUUUCUAUGUGUCCUAUAAGGAUAAAACGGAUAGAAUUGACUGAAAGGUUUUCCCUUGGGAUGGAAAGGGGUCAUUAUUGUAUGUCUUAUGUGCUUUUAAACAUGCAAAAGAUUUAAGGCCUGUUCAUUUUGGUGCAAUUAAAUGACACAGAAUCAUAAACGUUCUUAAUGAACUUGUUGAGAACCUGACCAUAGAUUUGGGCAUUUUUGUUGUUUGCCCUUGUGUUCUUUGUUUGUACAAUUCAUAUUCAGUAGGUACAUGUCGGAACCCCUCAUUAGGCCAAAUAGGAAAAAUGCCAUGUCUUCAUCCCGAAUAUCCAACACGAUGUCAUGACGAUUCGAAACGAUUUAAUAGGUGGCUAAUUUCUAUGAAUUCGUACUUAUGCGUACAUUUAAAGGGAUAGUUUGCCCAAAAAUGAAAAUUCUGUCAUCAUUUACUAGCCCUCUUGUCAUUUCAAACCUGUAUGACUGGUGCUUCCACAGAACACAAAAGAAGAUAUUUUGAAGAAAGUUGGUAACCAAACGGCGCCAGUACCCAUUCACUUCUAUUGUAUGAACACAAAACCAAAGCAAGUGAAUGGGUGCAGGUUAACGACAUUCUUCAAAAUAUCUUCUUUUGUGUUCUGCGGAAGAAAAAAAGUCAUACAGGUUUGAAAUGACAAGAGGGUGAGUAAAUGAUGACAGAAUAUUUGGGAAAUUUCAUGUUAGAUUUCAUAUAAAUUUAUGCAAAAUCGCCAGUUUGUAAAAUAGUUAUGUUUUCCGUGAGAUCAGGUCGGAAUGUCUUGUUUACUUGGAUGUUACCAGAGACGUUGAAAAACAGAGUUACAACACUCGCAUAGACGUCUAUUGGAAGAAUGGAAUGCAGAAGUGACUCGCGUCAUGGAGUGACCCAUAGUUCCAAACACUGCACUGAAGCCCAUUCAUUUCAGUGUCUCCCAAAUGCAUUUGCUGUACAGUUGGUGAAAUAACGAGAUCUUACUAACUGACAUGAAAGCAUAAACCAAUUGCAGGCACAAACUCUUCAACUGAAUCUAAUGUAAUUUUUCAUUAUCUUUUGAAAAAAGUUUGAUUAUUUUUAUUAAUUGUUUAGCACCUAAAAAACAAAACAUAAGCCAAAUAGCAGAGGGCCUAAGUCAACGUGACACAAUGACGCAAACUUGAUCCUGGUGAACUUGUUCUAAAACAUAAAGUAUCCAACUACUGUACAUGCUUCUUGAGAAGUUGGCUCUGAUGUCAGUGUGUACAAGUCAACAGCUGUGUGUACAGGGUAAGGUUGGCGUUAUGUGUUUGUUCUGUUGUUUUUCUUAAAAAUGUGUUUAAUGGACCUUACAGUUUGUCUUGUGUUACGUAAAAUUUGACUACACAUUCCUUCUGCUCAUGUUUUGUGGAUAAAGCCCAGUGUCUCCUGAACUGAAGUUGACCGAUUAUCCCAUGAGUUUUUAUUGAAAACACAAAUGGGUUGUUAAUAUCUCAUAUGGUGCACCUCAACCGUAUGCAUAUUUAUCAUAACCUGUAGCUAAAACACCACACACACAACAUUUAGUGGCAGCUAAUGUUAACAUGAUCAUACAAUCAUAUAUCAUAAAGUAUUAAUCAUUUAUUAUAUUAAUGACCAAGAGUUCUCCGUUAUGAUAAGCAAAAUUUGGUUGACUUUGGAUCUGUUCUCAGUUUUGUAUAUUUUUUAAAAUAAGACAGUGUAUCAGUUUGAACUGUUAAAGUGUCACAAUGAGGAUAAAAAUAGAUUACACUUUUUUUCUAUUGAAACCAUUUUUUUCUUAAGUUUUAAUACAUCAGGGAGCAUUUGUAAAAUAACACCCCAUUGUGAGAUAUAUGGUUAUGAUUUCACAAGAAACUAAAAUUUAUUUUGUUGUAGCCAUUUUGUAUCUAAUCAUUACAAAAAUGGAAAUACUAACUGGGUAAAAUAAUUGUAGCCUUUGUCUAACAAUUGUUUUUUCCACCAACUGAGCAAGCACAUUUCAUAAUGCACUUGUAACGUAAUGACUGAAAUAUUAAAAAGGCAUUUUUUGUAUGAAUUGGAAAUUUCCACAUUAUAUAUGCAGAGAGAUUGGAUAUGGAGCAGUGAGAGAAGCUUGUGGUCUUAUUUUGAUACUAAAACUAAUACUUCCAGUCUUUUCUCUUAACUUUUUGUUGGCAGAUUUUUCUUCCAAUAUAUGAAUGUGAAAAAAACUACUUAAUCGAUUAGUUCACUAAAUAAUGCAAAGUUUCUGUUAGUUUAUGCACCCCCAGGCCAUCCAAGAUGUUGAUGACAGUUUCUCCAGUACAACAGUAAGGAAGGAACCGUUUUCUGCCUAAACUGUGGUUCUUGGUCAGUCAAAGUCCUCAAAGAGUGAAAAUAGCAGAUACAGGCAACAAAAGAGUACUUAAAGAAAGAGUUCACCCAAAAAUGAAAAUUCUGUCUUCAGUUACUCACCCUUCAUUCUGUGUAAAUGUACAGAUAUUUGGAAGAUAUUUGGAAGAAUGCUUGUAACCAAAACAGUUCUUGGACCCUAUUGACGUAGUAGGAAAAAUUACUUUAUAAAUGUCUUUGUUCUUUUGAACACAAAAGAAGAUAUUUUGAAGAAUAUAGGAAAGCAAACAGUUCUGGGGCACUUUUGACUCCAUUGUAUUUUUCCUAUAGUCAAUGGUGACCAAGAACUGUUUGGUUACAAGCAUUCUACCAAAUAUCUUUCUCUGUGUUCAACAGAACAAAGAAAUGUAUACAGAUCUGGAACAACUCAAGUGGUGAGUAAAUGGAAUGGACAGAAAUUUUAUUUUUGAGUCGACUGUUAUUUUAAUGUGGCUUCUGAUGAUAUUUUGAGGUUUUAUGAAGCAAAAUGUUUGGCCUUGGCGAGAAACUGAAUGUUAUGUACAACAUAUUACUAGCAAUCUGCAGCCUCUGCCAGUCAUCCCUACCCCAUCUGAAACUUCAGGUGAAUCCAAUUGGUAACCCUGGAGUGAGAUGGGCAAUUGUAUCUCACAAUAUAGUUGUUUGGAACACUGGUGAAAUGAGUAGUAAAAAAUGUCCCUUUCUCUUUAUCUGAGACAACCCUUUGUGUGGUGUCUUCCCGCAGUGCCUUUCAAGAACACAAAACCUGAAUAUGCCUUUUCUGACUGAUGCUUAAUGGAUUCAUAUAGAUUACUGUUAAUGUUGUAAAUGUUUUAAUGUUUCUUUCACAGACCAAUUGUUAUGCUUCAUAAGACCUCAAUAUAUCAUUAAGAUAUCUUUGACUCCAAUAGACCUUUGCUUAUUAUGAAUUAUGAAUGACCACAGUUUUAGCUCAAAAUAAUCAUCACCUGUUAUGUACCUCCUGGAUGGCAUGGGUAAGUAAAUGAACAGCAAAUUGUCAUUUGUGAACUAACAGUUUAAUUUAGAAACUUUCUGAGAUGUUUUCCUUUUAUUGUGUGCAUAUUUAGAACAAGAUGACUUGCUUGAUUGUUACUUCUUACAGUCAUGUUCUGCUCUUGUAGAUUUCUACAAUUUCAUGUAAUAAGCGUUUGUGGCAUAAUGUUGAUUACCAUAGAGAAUAAUUGUGUAUAUUUACCUCACUAAUAAAUGAGAGUCUCACUACAGUUAGCAGACCAAUGUGGAAGUCAGCAGUAUGCCAUUAAUGCUGUUUGUAGUGAAUCUGAAAUAUUCCUUUGAGGCGUUUCCAACAACAAAAUUACAUUUUGUAUAAUAUUGAACAUAAUGACAGCAGUGAAUGACAGUCACAGUCAGCUCAGGGAAACCUUGAAAUGUAAUAGUGGGCAACAUCUGGAAGAUUUUUGACUUAGAUGGGUCACAUUAAAAUGGCCUUUAUUUUUUCCUACUGAACUGAUCAAACAUGUCAGCCUUAAUAAACCUGUUGCAUUCAGAUGCUUUUUAUUCUAACAUGUUGGAAAUGAUAAAAGCCCGGUCUUUCACCUUGGCAUUUAAAAUCAGUUUUUUACAAAAAUCUUCAUAUAAACUUGAGAUAUAAUAAAUACAGUUCUGAGUUAUUGAUUAUUAAUUAUUAUUUUGAAAAUUCUGAAUGUAUUCUUGGUAGCACUUUUUUGCAUUUACAUGCUUAUAUGCUUUUUUGUUAUGAUGUUUGUCUUCCAUGCAUAAUGCUUCUGUG